AUGACAGUCACUCCAAACGGUGAAAAUGCGGGAUCACAGAGAAAAUUGAGAACAAGUGUGAGUUGAAGUAGGCUUCCAAAAACUAAUAAAAUUUGAAUAUUUUUGCAGAGCAAACGACAAACUUUGGCAUCAAAACGAAAGGCUCCAACAUCAUUGGUUCGUGAAAAAGAGCAAGUUAGUGGAGCAAAUACGGUAGAUGAUGGAAGUAGUCGAGUGCCAAAACAGAAAAAUAUCGAUGAUUCGGCAAGAAGUGCAGUUUUGGAGGAUAAAACGAUGGGUUUUUGGUCGAAAAAAUUGAUUGAAAGAGAAUGGUAUCAUGGAGUUAUGCCAAGAGAGGAAUGUAAUGAACUUUUGACGGUUGAUGGCGAUUUUUUGGUUCGAAAAACGACGGAAAAAUCGAAACCAUUCUUUUGUCUCACAGUUCUUUUCAAACAAGAACCUCGACAUUUUCCAUUAUUUUUUGAAAAUGGUGGAUGGACUUUGAAGAGAGUAAGUUAUCUAUUUAAAAACUCCAUAAAAAUCAAAAUUUUCAGCUCGAAAACCCUCAAAAAUUCGGGCACUUGGUCGAAUUGUUGAAUUGGAUGGUUUCAACAAAAUAUCAAUUGGCACCAACUACAGCAAUUCUUGUUCGAGCUGUUCGACAAGCAAAAUUCUACAUUCAACACGAGGAAAUUGAGCUGGUCAAUAAAUUGGGAGAAGGUGCAUUCGGACAAGUUUGGAGAGGAAAAUUGAAGAAGAAGGGGGAGGAGCCGAUUGAUGUGGCGGUGAAGAAAAUGAAGGGAAAUCCGAAGAAAUCAAUGUUGAGGGGAUUUGUGAAAGAGGCGAAAUUAAUGAGAACUCUGUCGCAUCCGAAUAUGGUUAGAGUUAUUGGAGUUGCACCAAUGGACGAACCUCUGAUGAUUGUUAUCGAAUUAGCCAAAAAUGGAUGCUUGCAGGUAUGAUAUUGUCGAAAUUUAAAAAUGUGGCAGCCGUGAAAAAUAAAACCCUGUGCAGAGCUGAAUGAAUGAAAAAUUCAUUAUUUCGUCAGUCGCGUGCGGCUGUGCGUCGCGGUCGGGAAACAAAGGAAAAAAUGGAUUAUUGAUUGUUUUUCGACCGCAGCGCAGAGCCGCUCGCGACUGACGAAGUAACGAGUUUGUCAUUCAUUCAGCUCUGCACUGGUUUUUAUUUUUAAGGCGGCCACAUUUUUUAACUUCGACAUAUAAUCAAGAAUCAAACAUUUUCAGAGCCACCUUCGUAAGGAGAAAGUUAGCCCAAUUGAAAAAUUGACCGGUUUCGCAGUCGACACCGCUCGUGGAAUGGCUUAUUUAUCAUCAACAAUGAUUAUCCAUCGUGAUUUAGCUGCUCGUAAUUUAUUACUUGGUGCAAAUAUGGAAGUGAAAAUUAGUGAUUUUGGUUUAUCAGAAAGUGGAAAAACUGAAGUGAAAGCUGCGAAAAUUAAAGUUCCAAUUAGAUGGUUGGCACCUGAAACAAUUGACACUGCAAUUUUUACAACUAAAACUGAUGUUUGGUCAUUUGCUGUUACAAUGUGGGAAAUAUUCACAAAUUGUAUCACUGAUCCAUUUCCUGGAAUCACUAAUGGUCAAGCAAAAGAUAUUAUUCGACAAAAACAUCCACCCUUGGAAGUUCCAUGCACAAAUCCAGCAAAUACUGAAGCUAUCAAGAAAAUCAAUAGUAUCAUGACUGAAUGUUUUUCAAAAAAUCCCGAACAAAGACCAACAUUUUGGGAGAUUUUGAAGAAAUUGGCACCGGAAGAAAAUGCGGAACAAUAUAGUAAAGUUGUGCCGUUGGUUGAUUUAUCCGAAAAACAUGGUAAAAGUAGAAAAACUAGAAGAGGAAAAGCACCACCUGGAUUGGCUGUUGAAAAUGUUGAAAAAACGGCUGAAGUUGAAAAGAAGAUUGAUGAUGGAAAUCAAGGAGUUGGGAAUAUUGGAGUUGGAGUAGAUGGAGGAGGAGGUGGACAAGAAAAUAUGAAUAUGAAUGGAAAUAAUGGAAUGUAG